AUGCGUUGCUUCAGACAUAUCGCCACUGCUGGCGCGCUGUUUGCCUCAAUAGCGAAUGCGACGCUUCAAAUUAUUCCAGGCGCGACAUGGACUGCCACGAAUACUGGCAAGCACAUUCAAGCCCACGGCGGUGGCAUGAUUAAAGUCGGGAGUACAUACUAUUGGGUCGGCGAAGAUAAGACAGACGGUUCAGCCUUCCAAAAUGUCAACUGCUACAGCAGUACCAACCUGGUAGAAUGGAAAUACGAAGGCGCGCUCUUGUCACGAACUUCAUCUGGUGACCUUGGACCGAGUCGCGUUGUCGAAAGGCCAAAGGUUAUCUACAACAAGUCGACGAAGAAAUACGUGCUGUGGAUGCACAUCGAUUCGAGCAACUAUGGUGAGGCCAAAGCUGGCGUCGCGACCGGCGAUACUGUCUGCGGUAAAUACACGUAUAUCGGUGCUUCGCAGCCACUGGGCUUCCAGAGUCGUGACAUGGGUCUCUUCGUGGACGAUGAUGACAAGGCGUAUCUUUUGACCGAGGAUCGCGCUAACGGUCUCCGUAUCGACCUCCUCUCCGACGACUACCUAAGCGUGAAGUCCGCGACGUACCUCUGGAAAGACUCCAUCGAAGCCCCUGCUGUCAUCAAGAAGGAUGGCGUCUACUUCAUGUUCGGAUCCACACUCACCGGCUGGGACCCUAACGACAACAAGUACAGCACUGCGACCAACAUUGCCGGCCCAUGGUCGGCAUGGAAGACUUUCGCCGAUUCGGGUUCGAAGACCUAUUCGUCGCAGACGAACUACAUCCUACCCGUUGGAAACAAUUUCAUGUACAUGGGAGAUCGAUGGGUUAGCUCGAAUCUAAUGAGAAGUACCUAUGUAUGGCUGCCGUUGACCAUUUCGGGCACGACUGCGAGUAUGAAGAAUGCGGUUAAUUGGGUUGUUGAUGCUAGCUCUGGGUCUAUGACCUCUGGGCCUAGCGAGAACACGUACGAAGGAGAAUCUGCCACAUUGGCUGGUGGAGCUAAGUCGGUGUCCUGCUCGGGAUGCUCAGGUACGAACGCUGCAGGCUAUAUCGGCGGCUCCAGCGCCGGCGCAGUCACCUUUUCGAAUGUACAAAGCUCAGCUACGACACGCACGUCGAUCCGUGUCAAGUACUUGAACGGUGAUAGCAGCCAAAGAUUUGCCGAUGUGAGUGUCAAUGGCGGGGCUACACAGCGCAUUGCUUUUAUACCUGCCAGUGGUGAUCCCAAUUCGAGUGUUCUGAAUGCGGGCCUGAAGUCUGGUACGAACACGAUCAAGAUCAGCACGAGUGACGGAACUUGGGGUCCGGAUAUCGAUCGGUUGAUGGUUCCGCAAUCUUGA